AUGCAGAGUUUCAGUCCUGAGCAAACUCGGGGGCUGCUGGAGCCGGAGCGUACCAAGUCGCUGCUGCCUCGGGACAGCAGGGCCUGGGAGAAGCCAGUCCAUCCAGCCUUCACCCAGGACUGGGAGGCCGUGGAGGUCGGGGCCGCUGCUGCCUGUGACAUCGGGGAGAAAGGCCUGACUUCUCAGGAGUCAGCGCUUUCCCACGAGUGGAGCUCCCUGGAGGAGGAGGAGGAGGAGGAGGAGGAUGACGACGAUGAGUUGGAGGACUCCCAGGGCUUUGUGGAGUGGUCCAAGUCCCCACAGCAAAUGACAAUCGUCUUGAUUGUGUGUGUGGUCUUUUUGUUCUUGGUUUUAACGGGAAUGCCCAUGAUGUUUCACAUUUAA